AUGAUCCACUUUGAGCCUCAUGCGCAUGGGAAUUUUGUGAACCCCGGAGGUCCCGCGCCGCAACUAAGCACCGCCAAACUCGACGAGGCCGACAUACCUACACAAAUCGACAACCUAAUAGCGUUACAUCUCCACCUAUGGCCUGCACUGACAGCAGCUAUUCAAAAUGGCUGGGGAACUUCAUCGCCCGAAGUAGGUGAGGAUAAGCGUGCCUGGCUGGCCGGGUCAUUGUCAGAUAUGUUUGCGCAAAGCCAGCUGCGCGAUGUCGAAGACGUCGAGGACGUGCUAGAGCAGGUAAUGAGUGACGAGUUCGAAGUCGUGGUCGACGAUGGCUCUUUAGAAGAGAUCGCAAGAAAUAUCUGGGCUGGCCGGGCAAGAUUACUGCAGGGUGAUACCACUGAAGUCACUCAACUAAUGGGAUUAUGGGAAGAGAGGCAAAAGAAGAAACAGAGGAUACAACUCACGCAAGGGCCGGAAGUCGAUCAGGAAACCGAUGAAGACGAGGACGACGUGGACGAGGCAGAGACCUGGAAUGGUUUCAAAGACACUCCAGAUGUCCAUAUGGGAGAUGCGCCACCAAUACCACCGCAAAAGAAACCGGAACCUGAAAUCGAUGAGGAUGGUUUCACGAAGGUUGUAGGGAAGAAGAAAAAGUGA